CGCCGCCCUGCGUCAGCGGGCAGGGGCGGGCUGGAGGCGUUGGCGGUGCCACGUCCUGGACCCCGCUCGCGUAGUGGCUGCCGAGGUGGCGACUGUGGCUCGGGAGGAGGUGGGGCUGUAGCUGCAAGCCGGAUCCGGAUCCGGGGCUGAGGACGGGGGUGCGGGAGUUCGGAAGGGCCUUGGAGAGGAGCGCCGUCUGCCGGGCUUUCCGGGCGAGACUUUAUUGCAAGAUGAAACCUGAUGAAACUCCUAUGUUUGAUCCAAGUCUACUCAAAGAAGUGGAUUGGAGCCAGAAUACAGCUACGUUUUCCCCAGCCAUUUCCCCAACACAUCCUGGAGAAGGUUUGGUUUUGCGGCCUCUUUGUACUGCUGACUUAAAUAGAGGUUUUUUCAAAGUACUAGGUCAACUGACAGAGACUGGAGUUGUCACCCCUGAACAAUUUAUGAAGUCUUUUGAGCACAUGAAAAAAUCUGGGGAUUACUAUGUUACAGUUGUGGAAGAUGUGACUUUAGGACAGAUUGUUGCCACAGCAACUCUGAUAAUAGAACAUAAAUUCAUCCAUUCCUGUGCUAAGAGAGGAAGAGUGGAAGAUGUUGUUGUAAGUGAUGAAUGCAGAGGAAAGCAGCUUGGUAAACUGUUAUUAUCAACCCUUACUUUGCUAAGCAAGAAACUGAACUGUUAUAAGAUAACUCUUGAAUGUCUGCCACAAAACGUUGGUUUCUAUAAAAAGUUUGGGUAUACAGUGUCUGAAGAAAAAUACAUGUGCCGGAGGUUUUUAAAGUAAAAAUCUUUCAAGAAAGACAUCUGUCAUAAGAGAUAAUGCAACAAAAAACUAUUUUGUUGCUGCAACCCAGUGACCUCCAUAAAUAGUGAACUGCAAGAAAACUGUAACACAAGUAUAAUGAUAAUUAGAAGAUUAUUUGGGCUGAUGGGACAUGCUGUGAGUUUAGAUUACAAAUGAAUAUUACAAAGGGGAUAAUUUUUAACCAAAGGAAUAUUUUUAACUUGAAUCUUUUCUCGCAUUGUAUUUUUCUAAAGUUUGGCUUUAUUUCUUGGCAUCAGAGUAUAGGGUAGUAUCUUUACUGCUUGUUUUGGGGGAAAAAAGCUUCAAUGAAAAUAAGGCUAUUAUCACAUUCAUACAGUUAGUAAUUUGUUUUGAAGAAACAAACCUAAAUGCCACUUAAGGGGUUUUCAUUUCCAUGUUAUGUGAAGUUGGAAAAAUUGAGAUAUUAAAAAUAAAUUGUAUUGUCAAAUAACCUGAUCAUCUUCACAAAGUAGAAAUGAAAUUCCUGUGUCUAGUAAAAUGUGUAUGUAUAUCUAAAAGUUUAUAUAUUGUCAAGUACCACUGUCAUGUGAAAUUAUUUGUUUAAAAACCUAAUAGUAUGAGCUACUUUUAAACAGUGAAGUGGCAAAUCCUGGCAUAUUAUGUAUUUCUAAUCUGAUUUCUCAUCUUUUCAUGGGUGUGAAGCUUAUUACAAUAUUUUUAUGAAAAACAUUACAAAAUUGAAGGUAAUAUUUAAAGAUGUAUGGUACUGAUUUUUAUUACAUUCUUAAACUGUUAAUGAAAGCUUUUCUAUUUAAUGUGAUUAUAAUGGUACUAUUAUGGUCACUCAUUGAUUUUAUUUAUUUUAAUUAUUUUUUAAGUUGAAAGAGUAAGAUACUUUAUUAAUGGUUCUAAUCUUUUGCAUUCCGUGUUACAUUAAACUCGUUCAUAUGAUGAA